UAAAGGACUAAUGCUUAAUUGUUUUUCUUGAUGAUGUCAGAUGAACAUCUUGAUAUUCAGCAUAAUAAUAAUAAUGCUGUCUGUACAAGUUCAAAGUUGCCAUUAAAUAAAAUAGAAAAUAGAAACCAAAAUUCGACAAGCUGCAGUAGUCGGGUGUUUUCCAAGUUCACUGUCACUCCUCUUAAAAGGUUUCAGUUGAUUGAUUCUGACUUGGAUUCUGAUCAUCCUUGUGUCAGUGACAGCGAUGAUAAUGAUAAGAAAUGUAAUCGGCCAGUGAAAAGAAGGCAGCGGAACGUAGAUGAAUGUGUCCCAACGCUUGCCAUGGAUGACUUUUGGAAAAAUGAAUAUUUCGGACCCAUAAAACAUGAAAGUGAUGCUAUUGAACAAACUAAUCAAAGCAACCAUGCUAAAAGAAGUUCCGUAAAUGUGGAUGACUCUUAUCUCCCUGCUCAUCGUUAUUAUUUUCAUGAUGAUUUAAGGAUCCAAGAGCUUGUUCGAAGUCGCCUGCCUAAUUUUUCCCCUUUGGGCAACCCAUUAAACAGAGAUCUUGACCAGCCCGGUGCAUCAAAUAUCGAUUAUAGGAGACAGUUCAGCUAUGGUGAAAGCACAAAACAGUCUGCUACAAAUACUAACGACAAGCAAAGCUCAAGCGGCAGAAAAUCUUCAAGGAAGUUAAAGGCUGAAGAGACGUCUCAAGGUUGGGUAAACCCGAAGCUUUGUGUUAAUAAAGCCACAACAAAAAGAGGUGCAAAAAGAAAGGGUCAUGCAGCCCGUCAAACUCCAGGCCGUUGGCUAACAGGAUCGGAUGGAAAGAAAGUUUAUGUUGGUAGAACCGGUCAAGAGCUAAGCGGCCGAGUUGCAUACAUGCGAUACAAACAGGAGAGUGGAGGAGAAUUCAAAAAGGGUAGAGGAAAUCUGCUACUAAGAAGAAGAAAUGAAUGAAACUCGGAAUGAUAAUAAGAAUCAAUAUUAAGAGAAAAUGAAACAAUAUACCGUGUACAAAGUGGAGCAGGGGAUGGUCUCUUGAGAUUCAUUUGGUUUAUGUGUAAAGUGACAAUGACAUAGAUUUCACCCCCAACAAAAAAGGAAAGUCAGAAUUGUUCUCACUUCUCAGGCAUUUUGGCUAAAUGUCUCUGUAUAUGUCUUUCCAUCAAGUAUUGUAAUCCUUUUGGUAUCUGGAAGCUCGCAAGUGGAGCUAGUGGAGCGCUGCGCAUGGAGCGGGCAAUCAUAUUGACCAGUUUUGUCCUAAUCCAUGAUACUAAACAUGGAACCCGAAUGAAUCUUAUGCUUGCUUUGCUAGCUAGCUGAAGGGAAAACGAAGCAUGCUGAAGGGAAAACGAAGCAAUAUACAGUGGCUUUUGAUUCAUUUAAUAUACCUUCAUGCCUUGAUUUUAGUCAAAUUGCUUAGCUUGGUAUUUAAAUUUCCAACCUUACAUAUGAUAAUUUUGAAUACAAAACGAUCCUUUUUAGGUUUCUUUUGGAUAAAGAGGCUCAUUAAAAGACUAGCAAAACCUUUCGUUCUUACAUUUCAUCAUUAUCAUAAUAAAGUACAGCUUUCUGGUUUAUGCUUAAUAGGUGAGAAACCGAUGAUUCUUGCAUGGGAGGUGCAGAGCAAAAACAUCCCCCCUUGACGCAAGUUGUUUUCCCAUAAGCAGGGCAAGUCCGUCUACCGUCUUCAUCAGUGUGACAGGGCACUCUAUCGCUGUUUAGCAUCUUCCUUUUAGUGUCCACCUGAAUAUCAACAUGCGAACCUGCACCCCUGAAACAAUAUACUGUGAUGUAUUAGUCCAAACAUUGAUGUUUACUUCUAGUUUAUGAUCCUAUAAUAAGAUACAUAUAUAACAUGUAAA